UUUUUCUAUCAAACACCGAGCUCACCAGCUUUUUUUCUCCCCCUCUUCCAUUUCAUGGAAAAUACCAAUCUCAUUAUUAAUCCCCCUCAUCACCAAGAAAAUCAAGAUUUUACACUAACCCCCCUUCAAAAAGAUCAAGAAAAUACAGUAAACCCUAAAGAAAAUCAAGAAAAUACAGCAACCCCUCAUCAAGAAAAUCAUGAAAAUCAAGAAAAUACAGUGAGUUCUCAUCAAGAAAAUCAAGAAACUACAAGAAAGUGUAAAGGAAGAGGCGGACCGGAUAAUAAUAAGUUUAGAUACCGAGGUGUAAGACAAAGAAGCUGGGGAAAAUGGGUUGCUGAGAUCCGAGAGCCCAGAAAAAGAACCCGUAAAUGGCUGGGUACUUUUUCUACAGCUGAAGAUGCAGCUCGAGCUUACGAUCGUGCAGCUAUUAUUUUAUACGGAUCACGAGCUCAGCUUAAUUUACAGCCUUCAAAUUCUUCAAUAUCAGCUAAUUCUUCGUCUUCUUCGUCACCUUCUUCUUCGACUCGAAGCGGGUCGGGUGGGUCGGGGUCCUCGUCGACUCAGAAUCUACGGCCUUUACUUCCUAGGCCAUCCGGGUUCGGGUUUAGUUUCUCAUCAAUGCAGUCACCUUCUCCUCUUCUUCCUCCGCCUGUUUCGGUUGCGGGUCCUGGGUUGAUUGGUCCGUACGGAUUCUAUCAGAAUUUUCAACAUCAAAAUGUUGAGUUUGUCGGGUCAAGUACUAAUAUAGUACACAAUCAAUCAAAUCUUUAUCCGUUUAGUCAGUAUCAGAAUCCAUUUCUUGAUCAUGGUGGGUCGUCAACUUUCAAUGAAAAUAUUACAGUUCCGACAACAACCUCGUACCAACAAAUACAAAAUCUAAAUUAUGAUUGUUACACAGGUGAUCAAGUACUACAACGACAUGGAUUGUACGAGGAUGUUAGUUCUUUGGUGGGUUCAGUUGGUUCGGGUUUGUCUCUAUCGAGCAAUACUCAACCUGUAAUUGCACCAUCAUCAUCAUCAAAUCAUCAUCAGGACCCGGUUAUGCAUGUUGGAUCUGGAUCUUCUAAUUCGGUUUGGCCGUUAAUGGCGAGUGACGAUGAGUAUCCUCCGUCAAGUAUUUGGGAUUAUGGAAAUCCUUCCAUUUUUGAUUUAUAAAACUAUUAAUUUCUUGAUUAGGAAUUGCAUGGAGAUUUUUAAAAUUAUAUA